ACGAUAAUAUAACAACUCGGUCAAGCGGGUAGGUGUAGAUAUUGUUUAGAAGUAAACGUAUUUUCAGCUAGACAAUGGAAACUGAAGGAGUUCAAAGUUUUCCUUUCUACAAAACCGCGUUCGUAUUUGUGGUUUUAGGAAUAAUCUGGUAUUUUCGUGAAAAAAUACUGUACAAAAGCUAUAAGAAAUACGUCGCAUGGCUGAUAAAUAAAAUUACCGAAAAUAUUAAAGACGGAUUAAAAGACGAGAAGACCCGGCUGUUUAAGUUUCUACAUGAUUUUAAAGAUCAACAGAAGAAAAACCUGACGAUACUUGAGAUUGGAUCUGGCACAGCUCCUAAUUUGUCCUUCUAUCCGGCAAAUACUAAGGUGGUUUGUCUGGAACCAAAUCAGCACUUUGAUAGUUACGCAACUGAAAACGUCAAAAAGGAAGAAAAUUCGAUCUCCGUAGAUUUUGUACAUGGAUAUGCAGAGGCUUUGCCAUUCGAAAAUGAAACAUUUGACAUUGUAGUGUGCACUCUAGUGUUGUGUUCUGUUAAAGAUAUGAAGAAGUGUUUGCAAGAAAUCAAACGAGUCCUGAGACAGGGCGGGAAGUGCGUCUUCUUAGAGCAUGUGGCAUAUGAUGACAAGACGUCUUGGGCUUGGACAAUUCAGUGCGUAAUAAAUCCAGUUAACUGGCUGGUCUUCGAUGGCUGUGAGACAAUACGCGACACAGAAACCUACAUUAUGGCUGCUGGGUUCUCAGAUGUCAAUGUAAAACGGUUUCCACACAAGCCGUUUCCUGUUUGGAUCAGACCAUGCAUAAGUGGACUUGCUACAAAAUGAUUGAAAUGGAAAUACGGGGAAACGUACCUGCUGUAAUGUAUAGAUUGUGAAAUUAGAAUUCAAACUGUUGGACUCCUCAUAUAAAUCAGAUUUGGUUUUCUCUGAGUAUUUUCUAUUUUCUUUGCCAUUUUGGCUGUGUACCAAUAGAUGCAAGGGACGAAGUUCAAGUGUAAUUCAGAUGCUAUUACAUUAUGUGAAAACCAGUUGUUUGAUUUUUAACUGUGUAUUUGAUUUCAGCAGGAACUAGAACGAACUCAUAACAAGUUAAUCUAGUGUAAUAUUUUGAUUUUUUCGUAUUCCACUUUGACCUGUCAUGUAAAAGUGUUCUUAACACGACUAAGCCAUUCUGAUGAGCGUUCAUUGACAUGAUGGUUAUUUAAACAAGAGUUUUUAUACGGAUAACCUGGAACUUAAUUUGUACAGUAUUAAACGAUACGUAUGCAUUCGUUGAUUUCUAACGGGAAUCUGCCCGAUUUCCCCGAUUAGCACUUUUCCUUGAGUUCACUAAUUUCCUUUAAAGUAUAUUGCCAUUCCCGAAAGAAAUAACUUUGCCUUUUUUUUCAGUAUUACUUAAUGAGCUGCUUUCAUGGUAUUUAUACAUGUUUUUAUCUCGACCAAAACAAUUUUGAAUUUUAAGAUUAUUAUUUUCCCAAAUUUAUUUAUUCAUUUCCUUCCUAUAUCAUUGACACUGGUUUCUCCAAAUAAGUCUGUGAACGAAUCUUUUUUUAAAACCAAUAACUUUCGAAUGAUUUUAUGAUGUUGGUCCAUUUUACACUCGUAAAACAAAAACAAAAUGUUGUCAUCCAUUCUAUAUAUAUUCUGGAUACACACGUGAAAAGUACCAAGUUUCAAAUCCUGAUGUUUGUCUUUAUAGCAUUGUGAUACUAUAAUAAAUAUCGUUGUUAGAUACAUGUGGAUGUUGUUUGUAAAUGUGUAAUCAUUAUUCAAGUUUGAUAAAUAUGUGUCUAUAUGGUCUAUAUGGUAAAAUAUAUGUUACAAGUGCAUAAAAUAAUGUUUGAAUGAAUCUAUCAGUAUCUGAAUAUAAACAUGUAACUGUAAUAAAAAUAAAACCGUAUACCCCUCCUUA